GAAAAAGACUAUGUUAAGCCCCAGAGCUGACUGAUGCCUAUCUGUAUAACUGGUAAUACAUUAACAAAGUAUUUUUGAUAUGCACACAGCUAGUAACUAAUUGGUAAACUUUAAAUCCCCCCCUUUGUUAAUGAACACCUUGUUUUUGAGGCUUUCUUGUAAAGUGUGAUCUGAGAAUGUAAUUUGAGACUUCUGAAUAAACAAAAUGGCAGUUACAGCAGCUCCUGGGGUAGGUGUACAAAGAAAAGAAAGGCCAAGGGGAUUUUGUUUCCUAGCAACCGGUCGCAAUUCCCACCCCUCCCAUUCCAGUGUCCUGUCCUGGGAGGAGGCAGUACAGGUGAACAUCAACCUGCUCCUCCUCCACUGGGAUGCAAAGCCACCCCAUCUACUGCUUUCCACUAUAGUCACACUGUAACCUCACAUUAUUACGUAUAAGCUUAGAGGGAUAAGAGGAGGACAGGAUGGCCAACUCAGCAUUGGAGAUAGUGGGUCUAUUAUUGACCCUGAUUGGGCUGAUUGGGGCGGCAGCGAGCACUGGGAUGCCGAUGUGGCGAGUCACAGCCUUCAUUGGGGAGAACAUCAUUGUGUUUGAAACCCGUUACGAGGGUCUGUGGAUGAAUUGCUUUCGACAGGCCAACAUCAGAAUGCAGUGCAAGGUGUACGACUCUCUCCUGGCCCUGUCCCCUGAUCUACAGGCGGCACGGGGGCUCAUGUGCUGCGCUGUGGCGCUGGCUGGCCUCGGUAUUCUGAUCAGUUUACUGGGGAUGCAGUGCACCUCGUGUAUUGGAAACAACGACCGAGCUAAGCGGCUGGUCCUCAUCAUUGCAGGAAGCAUGAUAAUAUUGGCUUGCCUCUGCUGUGUUAUUCCUGUGUCCUGGACAGGUCACGUCAUCAUCAGGGACUUCUACAACCCCUUGCUGAUCGACGCCCAACGAAGGGAGCUCGGAGAGGCUCUCUACAUCGGCUGGGUGGCCUCUGCUUUCUUGUUGGCUGGAGGAUGCAUGUUUAUGUGUUGCAAUCUGCAGUCUGAGGAUAAAGGUUCAGAGAGGUACGUGUACUCAAGGACCUCCGAUUACAUGGCAUAUCCUCCACAGCAACUACCACGUCAACAGCUGGUGAUGCUUCCCCAAACACAACCUCAAUUUCAGCCAGUGCUAUCAAGACAACCAUCAACCAACUACAGCUACCAGUCCAGACACCCCUCUGUCCGCAGCGGGGUGGCUUAUCUCUGAACACUUAAACUGACUAAGGUAAUGAUGAUCACAGUUAUGGUCAACAUGCAGUGCAAUCUAUGACACAUUUCAAAAGGUAAAAACAACACAUUUCAAUAAAUAGAUGUACUGUGAAUGCAAGUUUAUCGGAUUAAUAUUAGUCUUUUCAUACACUUUGAGUACUUAAUAUCUUGUCACUAGUUAUUAUUAGCCUAUAGCAUAAUUAUCACCCUGACUUUCUAAGCCAAAGCAUGAUUACCAUUAUUUUUAUGGGUUGUACAAACUAUUUUUAUACUGACAGCCUUAUUUUUUGUAUAUCAUGUUACCAAUUUUGUACAUGUAUGCUGUAACAAUUCAUGCAACCUUUAACUAAUGUGAGAGGUAUGUGUAUUUGUGUUUACUGUUAAAAUGCUAUUUGUUGUUGUUGGUACAUACAACCAAGCUCUGCAGUUAAACAGACCAUUUAUACUUUACAGAUUGCAAACUUUCUUUCUUCAACAUUAGCUGUACCUGAGCUGUGUAUUCAAAUUAACAUGGUCCAUCCCAUCAACAAAACACACACAUACAAAAUGUUUGAGAAUGACACAUCUGUGCACAAAUAACAUCUCAUGGGCACCAAUCACACCAAAUAGCAUUGUCCUCAUAUUUCUCUGCUCAGUUUUCACCUGUUUUCACCUGUGUUAGACACAGCAUCAGGUGGUUACAGGUACAACCCUUAGGACAGUAAAUUGUAUAUGAGUGACUGAUUGUGUGAGAAUUACACAUUUGUGUCUGUAGUGUUUAUAACUCCAAACGUGCGUGUGUCUCUUUAAAUCGGAUAAUCUUUGAUUAAGUUUAGUAUGAUGUCCUGGGGCGAACAAAUGGCUGAGUAAACAUGAUAUGCUAGUUUAAGACUGCUUGUUAAAGGAGUGGACAGCUUAGUGUUUAUAAAGAAGCCAGACCUGAAAGCAUGAUCAUGUGAUAACGAUUUGCAAGUCACUUUGAAUGGAGAAACAAAGAGCUUUAGAUUAAAAGUUGUGUAGUUUAUUUCUAGGUUGAUCCCGGCUCCAUAUGUUUGAACAUUUCUAUCCCUUCUUGGUGAGGUAUAUUAGCUCUUGAACUAUUAGGUCAGCUCAUUUCAUUUUCAGUGAGUAAAAAGCAAAGUGCAAAAAAAAAUGUUUUUAGUGAGGUUAUGAAAAGGUUGUCUUUCUCCAUUGUUGCUUAAGGUUACAUCAAGAUGAACGACCUGUUUGUCUAUGUUAAGUCUUUUCAACAGGGUUAUAUUUAGCAUUACAAUAUUUUAACUUGUAAUCUACAAAACUAUAUUUCCUGGUACUCAAUCAAUAAGUGUUUGGACUGUGAUGUGAGCUGCUCGGUUUCAUCACCUUGAAAGUCAUCUCUGCUCCCCUGUGACCAACCGCAGUACUGCAGGAGCUUAUGUGCUACAUUGUAUAUUUGUUUUCUUCUGAAUUGUUAUCAAAUAUAAUUAUAGAGAAUAA